AUGCAGCGCUUGGCAACUCUCCUCCUGUCGCUAUUAUUGAGUGUUCAUCAAGUACUGUGUUGGCCGUACACAGAGUCUCUCGUUGAUUACAAUCUGAAUGAAAACAAAUCGGCCGAGUCGCCGAUUGACUACUGGGGAGAAUGGCCGGAUCAUAAGUACCACCCGUCGCCAAAGAACUGGCGCUUCCCCGUAUACACCAUCUUCCUCGAUCGCAUCGCCAACGGCGACCCGACCAACGAUGAUAUCAACGGAACCGCCUUCGAGCAUGUGGUCAACUCGAAUCAGAUGCGCCAUGGAGGGGAUCUGGUUGGGUUGAUUGAUUCGCUGGACUAUAUCCGGGGCAUGGGUUUCAAGGGCAUAUACUUUGCGGGAACGGGUUUGAUGAAUCUGCCUUGGGCCUACGAUGGCUACUCGCCGGUGGACACAACUCUGCUGGAUAUGCACCAUGGCACGCUGCAGGAUUGGAGACGGACCAUCAGCGAGAUCCACGACCGCGACAUGUAUGUGAUUUUGGACAAUACACUGGCAACUCUGAGCAACCUGAUCGGUUUCCAAGGCCAUCUGAAUGACUCGGCGGACUUUCGACCGGACGAGUAUCACGUCGAGUGGAUAUCGGACCGCCGGUAUGCGGACUUUCACUUCAGCAAUGAAUACAAUGAGAGCUGUGCGUAUCCGAAAUUCUGGUACGAGACCGGGUUUCCCCUGGGCUCCGGCGGCGUGGAGAAAUUGCACGGCUGCUACAACAGUGAUUUCGAUCAAUAUGGCGAACUGGAAGCCUUUGGUAACUUUCCCGACUGGCAGCGCCAGCUGACCAAAUUCGCCUCGGUGCAAGACCGACUCCGUGAAUGGCAUAAGCCUGUGCGCGAUAUCAUCACGAAGCAUUACUGCAUUCAAAUUGCGAGCUUGGAUAUUGAUGGGUUUCGUUAUGACAAAGCCGCCCAAGCAACACUUGAGCCGCUGGGGGAGAUCUCAGCUGCUUUCCGCGAAUGCGCAACGAAACUCGGCAAGGAUAAUUUCUUCAUAUCUGGCGAGAUUACCUCUGGUGACACCUUCGGCAGUCUCUACCUCGGCCGCGGUCGCCAGCCGAAUCAGCGCCUGAACUCUACAAUUGACGCUCUGAAGCUGAACAAUAAUUCGGCGCCUCAAUACUUUCUCCGAGAAGACGGUCACCAGGCGUUGGAUUCAGCCGCCUUUCACUAUACCAUCUACCGGUCGAUGACCCGCUUCCUUGGGAUGGACGGUAAUUUGGUUGCUGGGUUUGAUCUGAACACAGAUUUCAUCCAGGCGUGGAACGAGAUGUUGGUCAAUAAUGAUUUCCUCAACCACUUCACCAAUGAAGUCGACCCGAGGCACAUGUAUGGGGUGUCAAACCAGGAUAACUUCCGAUGGCCGGCGAUCAAGAACGGCACCGCAAAGUACCUCCUGGGCCUGUUCAUUGUGACCUUGGAGCUCCCCGGCAUUCCUCUUAUCCUGUGGGGUGAAGAGCAGGAUAUGUAUGUUUUUGACGCCACGGCGACUAACUAUCUUUUCGGACGUCAGCCGAUGACAUACCAGACAGCAUGGUGGACGCAUGGCUGCUUCAAUCUGAACACGACCAAAUUCUACGAUUUCCCAAACGAAAGGGGCUUGUACGGGUGCCAUGAUAUCACGGUUACUUAUGACCAGCGGAAUCCCGCUCACCCCCUUCGCAACAUCAUGAAGCGCAUGUUCGAGAUUCGGGAGCAAUACCCAGUCGCCAACGACGGCAUCUAUCUUCAAACGCUCUCGCAGCUGACGAAAGAUAUCUACCUCCCUGGAUCAUCCACGACUCCCACCGUGACCGGUUUGUGGUCAGUAUUGCGGAGCUACUUCCCAGGCAUCCAGAAAGAAGCCGAUUCCAAGGACAAUAGUACUUUUUGGCUGGUCUACCAUAAUGACAACAGGACCGUGAGCUACGGCGGUGACUGUAAGAAAAAGGAUACCGCAUUGUUAGCUCCUUACAAGGCGGGAACGAAGCUCACGAAUCUCUUCUAUCCUUAUGAUGAGCUCACACUGCAAGAGGGUCCGGGACCAAUCGGAGGACCGGGAAGCGAGUCCUACGGCUGUACAUCUAACUUGACCCUUCAGGCAUGGGAGUACCGUGCGUACGUCAGGACGGAGGAAUUCGUGGAGCCCGGCCCUACCGUUACCGAGUUUGCCCCCGGUCACGACGCACGCUUGUUGUCCUCCGAGGAUACGGGCGAGACCGUGGACAUCCGACUUGGAUACUCCAAGGAGAUGAGCUGCGACGGUGUCACCCGCGCGAUCUCCCUGAACUCGACGUCGCAGAAAGGCAUCACGCCCACUUUGGAUACAUCCAGUGUUAAUUGUACAAAGAUCACUCCACGAACGAGCGGGAAUGGCUACGCCGGAGAAAUACCCACGGUCUGGACCUGGUCAGCAAAGCUGAAGAACGUCCAUCAUGGCGUCCAUGAGAUCAUCGUUAAAAACGUGACGACAACGUCCGGGUUGAGCACCAAUGCUGUUGAUCGAUUUCUGUUGCGCAUGGGAUCUCUUACGAACCCGCUGAUGACCCCACUCGCCAAUUAUUCGUCCAGUCUUGUGCACAAAUCCCAGGAUGGCAGUAUCUACAUCCAGCACGAUGCCGCCGGCGCUGACCAGUUCCGCUAUUCGACGACGUUUGGCCGAACCUGGUCAGAUUGGACCGCUUAUGAGGGUGGCAAUACGACAAUCGACGUUGCGCCUUGGUCUGGCACGGACGCUCAGCACUGGAAGGGGACACAUGUGCGGGUCCAAUAUUUCUCGAGACUUACUGGAAGUAGCGACUACAUUCAGGAAGGCGACGAGGGGUGGGAGGAUGACGUGCCGCGAAGAUUCCCUCAGUUGUGGUGGAACGGCCCCUACAAUCAGUAUGGCUAUGAUGCCGGUUUGGAAAGCAGCAUGAGAUAUGACUCCAAGGAGCGUGUCUGGAAGUAUGAUUUCGUAUACGAGUGGCCCUCCGUGGGACAGAUCAGUGUCUGGGGAGUUGGCCCGGAUGGCAUACCAGAUCCCACCGAAGUCUAUGGCGAUGUUGCGAACUCAUCAGUGGUUCAGAAGCUGCCUCCGUCCUAUCUCUCGUCGAAUGUGAUCAAUAUCACGACGCUACCCCCAUUUCCGCACCUUGGAUGGACCAUCUCCCUCAACGACGCCAAUCUUCGGUACGUGAUGACGCCAGUGGGAUCUGGAUGGGCCCAACUCGUCCUCUUCGUACUCCUUUGGGUUGUCCCCAUCUUGAUGGGCCUCUUUGGCGCUUUCAUUUUCAUGCGGAAGUUCUACCGUGUCAAGCUGAACAGGGAUGGUGCCGCGGCCAAGGAGGUCAAGCUGCCAAUGAUCUGGCGCAAGAUCAGAGGACACUUUGCGAACAAGGACGAGGCAGAGAUCGAUUUACCAGACAAAGGCAUCAUAGCAAACGCUACGAUCGCGGGCGCUCCUGAGCAGCGGCGUACGGUCCUGAUUGCCACAAUGGAGUAUAACAUUGAGGAUUGGAACGUCAAAGUCAAAAUCGGUGGCUUGGGAGUCAUGGCACAGCUGAUGGCACAGAACCUGAAGCACCAGAACCUCAUCUGGGCUGUCCCCUGUGUUGGGGACAUUGAGUAUCCCGAGGAUACACCCGCUGAGCCAAUGGUAGUCACCAUCCUUGACAAGCCCUAUCUGGUAAACGUUCAAUAUCACGUUGUCGACAACAUCACCUAUGUCAUCCUUGACGCUCCCGUCUUCCGGCAGCAGACAAAAGCCGAGCCCUACCCUCCUCGGAUGGAUGAUCUUGACAGUGCCAUCUAUUAUUCAGCAUGGAACCAAUGUAUAGCAGAAACGAUCAAGCGAUUUCCCUCGAUUGACCUGUAUCACAUCAACGAUUUCCACGGGUGCCUUGCUCCGCUGUAUCUGUUGCCCACCCGAACCAUUCCAGUCUGCUUGUCACUUCACAACGCCGAGUUCCAAGGUCUCUGGCCGUUGAGGACGCAGCAAGAGAAGAAAGAGGUCUGCUCGGUUUUCAACCUCCCCGUCGAAACAGCGACAAAAUACUGUCAAUUUGGAAACGUUUUCAAUCUUCUACACACUGGCGCGAGCUACCUUCGGUUUCACCAGCAUAGCUUCGGCGCUGUGGGUGUGUCCAAAAAGUACGGCAAGCGUUCUUGGGCACGAUACCCGAUCUUUUGGAGCCUGGACAAAAUCGGUAGUCUUCCCAACCCAGACCCGUCGGAUACCGGCGCUGUCGGCCAUGGCACCGAUGCCACUGUGCCCAUUCCGUCGCCUCAGGAAAGGAUCAACGAUAAGCUGAAGGCUCAAAAAUGGGCCGGUCUGAAAGAGGAUGCCGAUGCCAAUCUUCUGGUAUUUGUCGGCCGGUGGUCAAAACAGAAGGGUGUUGAUCUAAUCGCCGACGUCAUACCAGCGAUAUUGUCCAGCAGGCCAGAAGUUCAGCUGAUCUGUGUUGGACCCAUCAUUGACCUGUAUGGCAAGCUGGCUGCGGUCAAGCUCGAGAAGAUCAUGGCCAUGUUCCCUGGUCGUGUUUUCUCGAAGCCAGAGUUUACUAUUCUACCGCCAUAUGUCUUCUCGGGUGCCGACUUUGCUUUGAUUCCAUCUCGUGACGAGCCCUUUGGCUUGAUUGCCGUGGAGUUUGGACGAAAAGGUGCGCUGGGUAUAGGCUCUCGCAUUGGAGGUCUAGGGCAAAUGCCCGGUUGGUGGUACACUGUAGAAUCGGACGCCACCCGUCAUCUUCUACACCAGUUGAGAACUGCUAUCAAAUCCGCCCUGGAUUCCGACCUAGAAACACGGGAAGAGAUGCGCACGAAUUCUGCACAACAGCGUUUCCCGGUCCUGGAAUGGAUCCAAAAGCUUGAAACCCUGCAACGAACCGCGAUCAAGAUUCACCACGAGAAGAACAAGGACACCGCCAGUGGCCCCAUGCCGGACUCCCAGAUAUACUGGGAGACACAGAACAUGCGUGAUUCUACUGUCAGCCUCCCCGGAUUGCCUCCAUCUUUACGGGAUGGUACAGACUCACCGCCGGCAAGACUGUCGUUGAAUGCCCAAUCUCGGCUUCGGGAGUUGCAAGCGGACGAUCAAAACAGUGGCCGUCUGGGUAGGAAGCUUUCUCUCGGUCGACGAGCUGGACCUGGCCAGGGCAGAAGUCGCCUCAUGAAGAAGUCCCUUCGCAGCAGUCAGGUUGCCGAAGGUCAAACAGACGACGAGACCACUGACGCCGACCUAGACGAGGAUGAUCUGGAUGCGCGCCUGGUAAAUUACAUAUCCUCUGAAGAGGCUAUGCGGGCGGUGGGCCAUGAUCUCGGCUCGCCAGACAUUCGUGACUCAUACAGAAGCGAGAAUCUGGGUACACCGUCUCAGUCAAUGUCAACAUCGCCGUACUACGUUUCUCGUGCUCCAUCGCCAGCGCCGAGGGCGCCGUCCGAGCUUUUCCAGCAUCCGUUCCAAUUAGCCUUGCAUUCCGGGGCAAGUACGCCUUCUAUUCAUUCGCGCAAUGUCUCCGUGCUCUCUCUGCCGUCCGUCAAGGGCGAUCACAACCAGCAAGUCUUUGAGUUGAACAAGGUCGAUCCAACCUUCACCGAUAGUAUGGGACACUUCACGCGCCGGUUCGAGGAAAUCCUGGAAGGCCUAGACAAGAAGAAUUCCAUGACAGACUGCUGCAUCGAGACAUUUUUGAUGAAGAGUGAGCGAAAGUUCUUUAACAUGUACAACGACGCGCAACUCAAGAAGCACCGUGCAAAAAACGCAGUAUACCCCUCCGGCGCUGCGGACUACGUGGAAGAUGAGACGUCGUACAACCGUCUCUCGGAUCCGGGAGCAGGCACAGACAUCAGUGAUUCCGAUGAGAUCGAUCGAUGGCUUUCACGGCUGGGGUACAUGCGGCCGAUGGCCAUCCAACGUUUUAUGCGACGGCGGGUCGGCAACUGGCCGGUGUACGCUCUUUUCCUGGGUCUCGGACAAAUCAUCGCGACCAACUCCGCUCAAAUUACCCUGCUUGUCGGCCAGGUCGGUGAAUCAGCCACCAAGUUAUAUGUGAUUGCAGCAAUCUACUGCGUCGCAUCGAUCGUUUGGUGGCUCAUGUACUCGCGCCUUCCUGCGGUGAUUGUUCUGAGUGUUCCCUGGUUCAUAUAUGGCUUUGCUUUCAUCAUCAUCGGCGUUUCCCCUUAUGGAGCCUCAGUCGCUUCCCGAGGAUGGGCGCAGAAUGUGGCCGCGGCCGUCUACGCUGUGGCCUCGUCUAGCGGUUCCCUGUUCUUUGCCCUCAACUUCGGUGACCAGGGCUCCGUCCCUGUGAAGGAUUGGAUGUUCCGCGCCGGCCUCAUCCAGGGAAUCUCCCAGCUGUACACUGUUGCGCUCUGGUACUGGAGCUCCAGGGUGACCACCGUCGAGAUCGGCGGCGUUUCCAGUCUCACGCUGGGCACAUGGAGGCUCACGGCUGUGGUGAUGCCGAUUGCCGCGGUAUGCUUCGUUAUCGGUGUAUUGCUCGCCUUGGGUCUACCCAAUUACUAUCGCCAAGCGCCUAGCCGGAUUCUCUUCUUCUACACGUCGCUUUUCCGCCGGCGCAUUGUUCUCUGGUUCUUCUUCAUGGUGAUUGUGCAGAACUGGUUCCUCGCCGCUGCCUUUGGGCGCAACUGGUCAUUCCUCUGGUCCUCGAAUCACGCCAAAACCUGGCAGAUUGUCGUCCUUAUCAUAUGCUUCUUCCUCGUCCUCUGGGUCAUUAUCCUCUCCGCCUUUCGCAUCCUGUCCAAAGAGCAUAGUUGGAUUCUGCCUGUGUUCGGUCUUAGUCUGGGCGCUCCGCGCUGGGCGCAGACAUGGUGGGGGACAUCCAACAUUGGCUACUAUCUCCCCUGGGCUGGUAGCUUAACGUCGGGAGCCGUUGUAUCCCGGUCUCUGUGGCUCUGGCUCGGCGUUCUGGAUGAGGUCCAGCAGGUUGGUCUGGGCAUGAUUCUUCUCCAGACCCUGACCAGAGUCCAUGUCUGCUUUGUCCUCCUGGCGGCACAGGCCGUGGGAUCAAUUGCGACCAUCUGCGCCCGUGGAUUCGCGCCCAACAGACUGGGUCCAGACGGCGUCUCGCCGAAUGUUGGCACGUCGGUGGACAAGGUCGGCAAUGCAUGGUUCUGGAUUUCGUUGUUUUUCCAGCUCCUGGCUAGUUUCGGCUUUCUCCUCUUUUACCGCAAAGAACAGUUGAAUAGGCCGUGA